GGCUCACUUCAGAUCGGAUAACAGAUGGACAGUCUGAACGGUUCUGGAUUCAGUCAGAAGAAUCGAGUAAAAUGAUGCUAUUCCGGGCCAGAAGAACCAAGCAGAACCAGACAGAACCUAUGAUUCUGAACGGAUCAGAUCAUUUUAAUGGUAUCUUGGUUCUGUUCGGUUCUUGUUGGUCCAGUGUCAGGAGGUUCUGGACCUCCUAGUAGAACUUUGUUGGUCCGUCGUUUCAGAACCAGCCAUUGGAACCGAGGCCCGGUUUGUGCUGCAACUGCUGCUCUGAUAACAAUCACCAUGAGGCGUUCAGGGAGGCUGGGAUCAUUCAGCGCCGCCGGAUCACAGCUGAUGAUGAUGAUGAUGGAGGGGGGAGAGGCGGGGCCUGAGGAAGAGGAGGAGCUGCUGCUGCUGAGGUGAUGAAGGUGAGGAGAAGCAGAGAGGCGACGGCAGCGAAGGUGAGCUGAGUUUCCUUCUUUCUAACGGAAAGUUCUGGUUCUGAUUUAUGGAUCAGAACCAGAACCAUAAAUCAUGUCUGUGUCGAUCACAGUGAUGAAGAUUAAAGUUGUUCCAGAAGAUCUUCAUCAGGAACAUCACAGAAUAAUCUGAGGAGGAGGAUGAUGAUGAUGGAGACCUGAAACUUCAAAGAUAAAACAUGAUCAGGACUACAGCUACUCUUCCUCAUCUUCCUUCUCCUCUUCCUCCUCCUCUUCGUCCUCUUUCGCCUUCCUCCUCCUCCUCUUCCUCUUCUUCCUCCUCCUCUUCCUCUGCAGUCUGUGGAUUUGGUUUCAUUCUGGCUCAUUAAUAAUUUAGACAUGAUGAAGGUGAUGAAGGUCAGACCCAAAUCUGAGGAGGAGGAGGGAGGCUGAGAAAAUCUGAAGCUGAAUUUAAACAAAGUUUGAUCAGCAAUAAUAUUAAUAAUCAUCAGCCAAACGGAACGUGGGGCGUUCAGGAACCGUCGUUAGUCGUCACAUCCAGUGAGCUGCUCUUUAUAUUGUCGCCAAGCAGAAAUAAAUUAUUAAAACGUUAAAUAUUGAAAGAGCUGGUCGGUCGGGCGCUACAUGAAAUGACAAAGCAAGCUGCUGGAUCAACUAGAAGGAAAAACAGACACAAAAAGACAACCUUUACAUUAACCAAAUCAUAUGAAAUUAUACAAAAAAUCUGUUAAAAGAUCAACUUGUUGAUUCAUCAGGGCCACACAAAAUCACUCUAGGGGCCACAGAAGGCCCCCGGACCACUCUUCUGACACCCUGGUCUGGAGUGAUGCGCCCCCUGGUGGAAUUGUCCUGAACUGUGAGGAUCAUCAUCAGAGCUGCUGAAGUUACAGGUUUCCUAAAACGUCAUGAAUCACCUGAAAAAUCAGUUGCUCUCUCAAAUUCCUUAAUUCAUCUCAUUCAUCUCUAAGUGAAUAUCUGUCAGAAUGAGCCGCUCCCGUUCGCUGGGUUCAAACUGCUGAGUCAUGCUGUCAGGGUAACAGAGACUCUGUAGGAAUCUGAAGUAUUUAAAAAUAAUAAUUGUUUCAAUGGAAAGAUUCACAUUUACACUUUUACUGUGAUAUGGUGACCAGGUGAUUGUGAUAAAGAAAGAAAACUGCAAAAAAAGAGAAACUAAAGUAGAAACGGGAACAGAAGACAGGAGAACAUGCAGCUCUACAGGAAUUACAGUUUUCCUAAACGUCCUGACGUUCCUGCUGCUGGGAAUCAAACUGUGAUCCAGUUUGAUUUGGAUCACAUCAUCGCAUAUCCAUCAUCCAGCUGCUGUGAUGUCAUCACACACUAUAUCCAUGGCAACCUGAAGGCUCACCAUUUGUCGACUUAAAGCUUCACCUUUGGUUGGAGAAAGUCCGGACUCACCAGUUCAGGAAAAUAUAUAAAUAUGGUUGUUAUGGCAACUUGUUCAAGCAGUUUGGACGUUCAGUCUUCUGCUCAAUUGAUGUUCAGGAUGAGUGAGCAGAAGCCCGUACAGUACACCGUGAUGACAUGAGCAGAGAAUCAGUUCCACGGCGACUCAAAGGAAUUUGAGAUUUGUUCACAGAAAUGAGAAACUGCCUGGUUGAUACAAUUAUUGGCAGACUGAACAGGAAGUCUAGAGAAUUUCAACCUGAUCUGAGAAAUGCACCAAAGCUGUGAGGGCUUUCUGUCCGUCAGCGUUUAACCUGAUUCUGGACUGGUUCUGGAUGUAACCCUGACCCAGACGCUCCAGCAGCUGGAACCGACCUGCUGAACGGGGAGGAGAGGCUUCCGGAAAACUGCGUUAAUCAUUCAGGAGCUAAUGGAGCGAGACGCAGCCUUCAUCAGCAGAACACGGCGGCAGGACGCACAACAAGCUGCAACCACUAAUGAGGCUGUUUCUGUGUCCAACAGGUCUGGAUCGGUCCGCCACCAGGUACCGACAGAUAGACAGAUAGAUAGGCAGACAGACAGACAGAUAGACAGAUAGAUGUAACUUGUGUGCUACAAUGCCAGUGGAUUCAGAUCGGGUUGACCUUUAACCCUCAGAGGUUCGUGAUGGGUCUGGACCGGGUCUCCAGCACCACUCCACGCAUCAACUACCUGGCUGCGGCGAGCCUCAACACUUCCACCUUCUCUGCCUCCUCCACCUCCUCCACCCUGCCUCCGUCUUCUUGCAGCAUCGAUGAAUCCUACAAGUACGUCUUCCUGCCCGUUUGCUACUCCCUGACCUUCCUGUUCAGCCUGGUGCUGAACUCGGUGGUUCUGGUGCGGUCGUGCCGGCCCCAUGGCGGCGGCGGCGGCGGUGGGCGGCGUUGGAACACCUCCCUGAUCUACAUGGUGAACCUGGCCACCACAGACCUGAUGUACGGCCUGUCGCUGCCCUUCCUGGUGGCGAGCUACGUGCUGAGGGACCACUGGGUGUUCGGGGACUUCAUGUGCCGCCUCGUACGAUUCCUUUUCUACUUCAACCUCUACUGCUCCAUCUUCUUCCUCACCUGCAUCUCUGUGCACAGGUACCUGGGGAUCUGCCAUCCAAUGAGGACCAUCACUCUGGAAAGCAAGCGUGUGGUGAAGGCGACCUGCGCCUCGGUGUGGGUGGUGGUCUUCGUUCUCACCUGUCCUAUCUUCAGGUUUGCCCAGACAGGAGACGUUACUAGAAGAGGUUCUGGAGCAGCUGGACCUGAGGGGACGAGGUUUGGAGACAACAGGACUGAGGAGAAGUAUGUGAACUGUUGGGAUGAUGCAGUCGAUAAGGACUUUCCUGAAUAUGUCCCAUACGGCAUUGUCCUUCACCUGCUGGGCUUCUUUGUCCCCUUCGUCAUCAUCGCUUGGUGCUACUCUCAGGUGGUCCGGACAAUAUUUCAGAGCCUGCGGUCUCCACCUAGUUCAAUAGAGGGCGGCGAUGACGCAGCAGCUGGGGACGGAGCAGUUGAAGGAGGUCGAGAUAGGGACAGAACUUCAGUCUCCAUCUCUGGAUCACAGUACUCCCACUACAUCCGGAGGCGGCGCAAAUCCAUUAAAACCAUCGUAACCAUCACGCUGCUGUUUGCGCUCUGCUUCCUGCCCUUCCAUGUGACCCGGACGUUGUUCCUGCUCCUGCGGCGGGGGCAGCUCGGCGGCUGCAAUGCAAUGAAGGCCGUCUCCAUCUGCUACAAGGUCACCAGGCCUCUGGCCUCCUGCAACGCCUGGCUCAACGCCCUACUCUACUUCCUGACAGGAGACAAAGGAGCCCCCUGCUGCUGGCCAGCGGAACGAACAGUGCACCAGGACAGAAGAAAUGGCUCCCUCUGGUGGCCAUUAACAAUACUUAGGAAGGAAGGAGGCGGAGAGGACGAGCAGGAGGUGGCCGAGAAGGUAGCAAGGGAGCUGCAGAUGGAGAAUGAAUCCAAGUCUUCACGGAUCAUCUUCUAGGACCUUUUCAUCUUCAAAGACGAUCCGUGCUUAUCUUCACGGAUCGUCUUUGAAGAUGAGCAACUUUUUGCUCAACCCGUUGACACGUUGCCCUGAACCUCCUCAGUGACUCCUGAGUGUUGAUCCGAUACAACUUUAUCAACAGACUAAGUUUCAGCCGUCUGGUGAUGAAGAUUUACAGCCAUGUUUCUUUCCAGAGCCGUUUCUUCUGGUCCAAAAACACCGGAAUCAAAGGGCUGGGUUUUACUGGCAGAGGAGUACUGCAGAGUCCUGUUGGUGACCCAGUUCUUUGGUUCUGGUGUGAUGAAGCAGAGACAAGAUCUGGAAACGAGUCCCUGGGUCUUCCUCUACAGAAAUGAAGAGGAGUUGUUGUGUUUAACAGCUUCCAUUGAUCAUAAGUUACCUGAACAUGUCCCAUGAAGCAUUGCUCCAGGCAGGAAGCUGGUGAGAUCAUGGAUUGGACUUUCAUUGCUCUAGAAGAUGCAUCUGAUAGACCUGUCAACUUCCACAGGUUUGUCUUCACCAAUGUCAGAUUAGGAUUGGGAGACUGGGAUUAAAGGUGGAUUGCAAACAUUUUAACCCAAACUUGCUUCAGAAGCUGUGAGUGAGCAGCUCUCAGUCGGACAGGCUGUAGUUCUGGUCGGACCAGUGGUGGUUCUAGUGAUCCUGCUUUUUAAAAUUUUUUUAAAUCUCAGGUCGUUUCUCCUUCCGGACCUCAUUAGUUUGGAUGUUUUGAUGUUUUUGUGUCAGAAUUAAAGUGUUUGUGACUCCA